AGCUGCUGGGUCCUUUCCAUUGCACGAGGACACCCUCAUGCCUGUCUCAUGUCUCUGGCUUUUCAUAGUUCCGAGGUUUUAGUCUGAUUUAAACAUAUUUCACGAUGGACACCGCGGAUAAUUCAGCUCCCGAGGUGGUCGCUGCGGUAGAUGAUGGAAGCGGAGCAGACGCCUUCGUCAAAGUCAAAUCUAAAAAGAGCCAGAAGCGAAAACGUGAACAAGAUGGAGCGGAGAUGGACACAGAGGAGUCCGUGGCGAGCAAGCGGCCGCAGUUUCCACCUAUUUCAGGCGAUAAGUUAAAGGGAGGAUCAGAUGAGAUGCGCAAGAUUCCCGUCCCAGCCCACAGAUACACCCCGCUGAAGGACAACUGGCUGAAGAUUUUCACUCCCAUCGUAGAGAACUUACAGCUCCAAGUUAGGUUCAACCUGAAAACCAGGAAUGUCGAAAUUAAAACAUGCAAAGAGACGCAGGACAUCAGCGCCCUCACAAGAGCAGCAGAUUUUGUCAAAGCCUUUGUGCUGGGCUUCCAGGUGGAGGACGCCCUGGCUCUCAUCAGACUAGACGAGCUGUUUCUCGAGAGCUUCGAUGUCACAGACGUAAAACCACUGAAAGGAGACCACCUGUCCCGAGCGAUCGGAAGGAUAGCAGGGAAGGGAGGGAAAACCAAAUUCACCAUCGAAAACGUCACAAAGACUCGCAUCGUGCUCGCAGACACAAAAGUACACAUAUUAGGAUCCUUCCAGAAUAUCAAGAUGGCCCGGACAGCAAUAUGUAACUUAAUCUUAGGAAGUCCACCUUCAAAGGUCUACGGUAACAUCAGGGCGGUGGCUAGCCGGGCUGCGGAGAGAUUCUGAAGUCUGAUUGGUCGAUGUAGUAAUCUUCUUUCUCAUUGGCUGGUGGAAUUGGUCUGUGCUGAUGAGAUCGGACUGUUCAUUGCCUUAGACAUUUGGACCGGCUUCACUCAGGUUUCUCUACACUGGCCUCAUGUUUUCAUGAGGUCAGCUGGAUUCAUGGUAAAACAACGUCACCGGGAAAGAUUAUAUACAUCUAUGCACUGUGUGUGCAUGUAUCUGGAGAUAUGAAUUUGUGUAAAUAAAUGAUUUCAACUCCCAGUGAUGAA